AGUAAAGAAGAUGCCACGAAAUUACACCAAGAAAAAUGUGAGGGCCAUGUGGUCGGCAGAAGAUCUGAUAAAUGCAAUCUCGGAUGUUAGAUGUGGUCGUGGUUCAAUAAGGCAAAUAAGUCGGACAUAUGCUGUGCCUGUUAGGACCUUAAUGAGGAGGAUCCAAUCAGGAAACGCAAACAAGGUCAAGUUAGGGCGUAAGAGUUAUCUAAGUCCAGAACAUGAACGAAGCUUGGUAGAUUAUAUCAAAAAAAUGGAGAAGAUGGGUUUUGCGUUAACACCUGUAGACGUAAAAAAGAUUGCGUACUCUUUUGCCAUCUGUAAUAACAUAGAAAAUAAUUUUAAUCCGGAGAAAAAAGAAGCUGGCCAUGACUGGUUCUGCUCUUUUAUGAAGAGACAUCCAAAUUUAUCCAUUCGAAAAGCUCAGGGAAUGUCAACGGCUCGAGCUCAAGGUAUGAACAAAGAAGAAUGCGAUCAUUACUUUGACCUGCUCGGGAACCUUUUAACAGAAAAUAACCUAAUAUCCGCUCCCAGAAAAAUUUUCAAUGUAGAUGAAACUGGGGUUCAGCUAAAUAACAACCCAGGAAAGAGGUUCCAAAAUGGUGCAGAGAAAGGUGAGACUGUGUCAGUUAUAGCCUGCGUGAAUGCAGAAGGUCAUUUCCUUCCACCCUACUGCAUUAUGAAGGGAAAAAACAAGAAAAAAGAAUUUGAAGACGGAUUGCCACCAGGUGGUACAGUUGUAAUGAGUGAAAAAUCGGCGUAUGUAACUACGGAUAUUGUCAAAGCAUGGCUUCUUCAUCACUUUAUUCCACGUAAAGAACAAGGCAAAGCACUCCUCGUCCUUGACGGUCAUUCCUCUCAUUGCUCUGAUGUGGAAAUACUAGACCUGGCAACAGCCAAUGACAUAAUUCUGUUGUGCCUACCUAGCCACACUACUCAUUGGCUGCAGCCAUUAGAUAGAUCAUUCUUCAAGCCUCUUAAGGUUUAUUGGAAUGAAGCAUGUAAGAAAUGGGUACAAAACAAUCCCGGUCGCAAACUCUCCAGAUUGCAGUUUCCGUCACUCCUCAAUACUGCAUGGUGUAAAGCUGCCUCAGUUCAAAAUGCAGUAUCAGGAUUUAGGACAUGUGGUAUUUUUCCUUUUGAUAAAUCCAAAAUCCCAGAAUAUGCUUUUAUCUGCAAAAAUACUGCAAAUGCUGCUCUUAGAAAUGAGAAUUCACCGGAUGAAAAUAUUGGGGAAGCCACUGCUCAUGUCAUUAUUGAUGCCAACAACCAAAACAACGGGCGUUCUCCAAAGACAGCUGAUCCAGAUCAAAAUCCAUUUGAAGCUAUUUCAGCGGUUCCGUGCAUACCAGGAACGAGUGGGUGCCAGAAGCGAAAACAGCAUGCAGAGGUACUAACAUCACCAGAGGUAGUAGCAGCAAAACGAGAGAAAAAAGAGACCAAAGAAAAAAAAAGAUCUGCGAAACUGAUGAAAUCCCAGCAACGGAUGAAAAAAACGGAUGAGAAACACAGUAGCAAUACUAAGGAAAAGGCAGGAAGUAACAAAAAGCUUGCCAAAGAAAAAAGUCGUAGAAGAGCCCGAUUUGAUUCUAGUUCGUCCGAAAGCGAAACGGAAGUAGUUACACAGAAAAGUGGUGAAUCAGAAAUAGAAGUAGACCGUUCUGAAAUUUGUGCAGAAUGCGGUGGAUAUUAUUUCGACAAAAAGGGUCCCAAAUGCGAUUGGAUACAAUGCACGAGGUGUUCAGACUGGAUCCAUGAGAUCUGCACAAGAUCUGACUUAUACUGCAAGGAUUGUAUCCCACUUCAACAGCUGGCAAACGAUAUGAAAUGGAAAAAUUGA